GCAUUACGUCACGGAAAAAGGGACUUUCCGAGAAGUUUUGAAAGACGGUUAUAUAAAAGCGUUAUUGGCCAGCCCCGGGAGACGAGUAUACCAGCAGAGGAUCUUAAAGAGCAGGCGAAUCAAGAUGAGGACCUUGUUCGCACUCCUAGUCAUCUGUAUCGUCGUGGCGGUCGCCUACGGUGGCCUGAUCAGCCACCUUAAGGCCAAGAAGUACGGCCGUGGUUUUGGCCAUGGCGGAUACGGAGGCGGCUAUGGCGGUGGAUACGGUGGCUCGUACGGCGGAUCCUACGGUGGCUCGUACGGUGGAUCGUACGGCGGAGGCUACGGUGGCGGCGGAUUCUGGGGCUAAAAAGAUCGAUUUUACUGUGACCUUGACAAGAUUCCGACCAGGUACCUGACCACUGAACCUACGAUGUCGGAUUCUGCGACAUAUCAACUUCAUCCCAGUUUCACCUGCGCAAAUUUCAGUAUUUAAGUUGAAUAAAUGCAAAAUGUCAAGCA